AUGACAGCCGUCGAACUGCACAAGCUCAACGGCGACACCUCGUGGCUUGUCCGUCUGCCAAGGUCGACCCGGAAGCACCCUGAUGCGCACAGUAGCAGUCAUGCUGCCUUCUACAACCUCCUACUGGAUCCUUGGCUAGAUCCGACACCGCAGAUCGACGGCUCGCCGCUCUUCUCGCGCCAGACGCGCAUCGAGCCCGCCGCCUUUGCCUCGAUCGUCCAGCUCGACAGGUGGCUGCACACACAAGGCGGACAGAUAGACGCAAUCCUCUUCAGUCAUCCGUUCAGCGAUCAUGUUCAUCCUCAGACUGUGACAGAUGCGGAGUCGCUAGCCGUGCUUCGGCGGGUGAUGGUCUUUACAACGGGCGACUCGCUGUCUGCGCUGCGGGGGCUCAAGCUCGGGCUCGACUCUGAGAAGGUCGUCAACCUCUCUUCGUAUGCAUUUCGCCAGGGUACAGACCAGGGCGAAGUGUUGCCAGAGGGGAUAGCCAUUCAGCACCUCAAAGCGAGAGACUGGGCGGUGAGUCCCGCAUGGAACAAGCUGCACGGCGGCAUCCUGGUCUCAUGUUCCAACGGCGAGCAGCCUGUAGACAUCCUAUACUCGCCACAUGGCGUCACACCCACUUCCCUGCCAGAAGAGCUCAAGGAGGCUGGGAAGGGCAAACGUGUGCUGAUCCACAGCUUCGACCGACAGACGCUACCUCUGAUCGGUAUCGUGGCGUGCGGCUUUCCGAACGUGUUGGAGCUGAUACCCGCGUGGAGGCCGGAUGUGGUGCUAGCUACACAUGAUGAGAAUAAGAAAGGAGAGGGCAUCGUUGGUCGGAUGCUCAGGAGAGAGGUGUUCGGUUUGGAACUGGCACAGAGGUUGGUCAAAGAUCGCUAUCCGGAGCAGAGCGAGAGCUGUACGCUCACACAGCUGGCUCCUGGCGAAUCGAUCCGCAUCGAAUAG